AUGAGCACCGACGCAAUCGCCGAUUUCUUGGCUGACCAGCGGGACGAGACGCCGGACGACCUACAACACCUGAUCAUCCACUUCGAGAACUGCUGGGAGCGCAAGCUAUGGCAUCAGCUCACCGACGCCCUGGUCGAGUUCUUUGACAACCCGCAGAGUGAAAAGCAGCGUCUGCAGUUCUUCGAUGUUUUCGUACUCAAGUUUGCCGACAAGAUCAACCAACUGAAGCUCGUCGACCUCGGAUUGAAGGCCGCCACCCAGUGCCCGAACGACCAGAAGCGCCUUACUUUCCUCACCCACCUCGCCGAGAAGGUCGACAGCGAGAACUCACAGGAUGCCUACGUCUACGCCACCGUAGCCGUGGCCCGCGUCCAGCUGGACCUCCGAGACUUCGAAUCAUCCCGCAAGGACCUCGACAAGGCUGCUGAGAUAUUAGAGACCUUCGAUUCUGUCGAGACCAAGGUGCACGCCUCCUUCUACCAAGUCAAUGCCGACUACUACCAAGCCAAGGCCGACUUCGCCUCGUACUACCGGAACGCCCUUCUCUACCUCGCCUGCAUCGAUCUCUCUUCCCUGUCUCCCGAUGAGCGCCGCGCACGAGCUUACGACCUCGGCAUAGCCGCUUUGGUAUCAGAUUCUAUCUACAAUUUUGGCGAGCUCCUGCAACAUCCCAUCCUAGAUGCGCUGACGGGCGCCGUCGCAUGGCUCCGUGAGCUGCUUCUCGCCUUCAACCGCGGCGACCUCGCCGCCUACGACGUCCUCUCAGGCCACAUCUCCUCGAACAAGCUUCUGAAGGAGCACGUAGAAGAUGUACGGCAGAAGAUCUACCUGGCGGCGCUGACCGAGAGUGUGUUCCGACGGCCGCCGCAUCAGCGUGCCAUGAGCUUCGGCACGAUUUCAACCGACACCAAGGUACGGCCGGAUGAGAUUGAGCACCUGGUUAUGAAGGCGCUGAGUCUGGGUCUGGUGCGCGGCACUAUCGAUGAGGUGGAUGAGCUGGUCAACUUCACAUGGGUGCAGCCGCGCAUCUUGGACAUGAGCCAGAUCGCCAGCAUGAACAAGCGGCUGGGUGAAUGGGGCGAGAACGUCAACACGCUCGGCAACUGGAUCGAAGCCACGGGUCAGGAUAUCUGGGCUCCUUGA